AUGCCCCGCCCCCGUAGUGUCCCGCCCCCUGAGUGUCCCGCCCCCUCAGUGUCCCGCCCCCUCAGUUUCCCGCCCCCUGAGUGCCCCGCCCCCUCAGUUUCCCGCCCCCUGAGUGUCCCGCCCCCUGAGUGUCCCGCCCCCUCAGUGUCCCGCCCCCUGAGUGUCCCGCCCCCUCAUGUCCCGCCCCCUCAGUGUCCCGCCCCCUCAGUGCCCCGCCCCCUCAGUUUCCCGCCCCCUGAGUGUCCCGCCCCCUCAGUGUCCCGCCCCCUCAGUGUCCCGCCCCCUCAGUGCCCCGCCCCCUCAGUUUCCCGCCCCCUGAGUGUCCCGCCCCCUCAGUGUCCCGCCCCCUCAGUGCCCCGCCCCCUCAGUUUCCCGCCCUCUCUGGCUCCUGUGGGACCUGUGUUCAUUACCCCCCUCGGCCCUCACACCAAAUAG